AUACAAUAGAUGACCACACUCUGCUGUGGCUCCUGAAUCAGAUCCGUUUAGGAAUCCCACAAGUAAGCAUUCAGGUCCGGCAGCACAAACACACCCAGGCAAAUGCCUUCUUCAUCACGACAACGUUUGAGAACUUACUGCGGGGAGCUGAGCAGAUGGGCAUGUACAAGGCCGUCAAACCGCAGUUUGGUGGCGGCAUGCGGCGCUUUUCCUGUGAGGAAGACAAUAUCUAUGAGAACAUAGAGAGUGAGCUCUGCUUUUUCACCUCACAGGAGCGUCAAGGCAUCAUAAAGUAUUGGCUGGACAAUCUGCGAGCGAAACAGGGGGAGUUGCUCCACAACAUUCAUUUCCUGGAGGGACAGCCUAUCAUUCCAGAGCUGGUGGCUCGGGGGGUGAUCCAUCAAAUGUUUCCUCUCCAUGAGCAGAGGAUCCUCAACCAGCUGAUGACGUCUUGGGUCCAGGCUGUGUGUGAAAGGCAGCCUCUGGAUGAUAUCUGUGACUACUUUGGAGUGAAGAUCGGCAUGUAUUUUGCCUGGCUGGGUUUCUACACUAACUCCAUGCUUUACCCUGCCGUCAUCGGCUUUCUGCUCUGGAUACUUGCGGAGGCCGACCAGACCAGUCAGGAUAUCUGCUGUGUGGUUUUUGCCCUAUUCAAUGUUGUGUGGGCGACGUUGUUCCUGGAGCGCUGGAAGAGGAGAGAGGCGGAGCUGGCCUACAGGUGGGGCACCCUGGACACCCCCGCCGAGUCUCUGGAGGAGCCCAGGCCGCAGUUCAGGGGCGUGAAGCGCUGCAGUCCAGUAACGGGCUGCGAGGAGUUCUACUAUCCGCCCUGGAAGAGAGCGAUGUUCAGAUGGCUGGUCAGCCUGCCCAUCUGCAUCCUUUGUCUCUGCUUCGUCUUCCUCGCCAUGCUCCUCUGCCUGGAACUGCAGGAAGUGGUGAUGGAGAUUCAGGAACUACCCAGUAUCACAAGAUUUAUUCCCAAGAUACUGCUGGCCAUUACUGUGACCAUUUGUGAUGAAGUGUACAAGAAGAUUGCCAAAUGGCUCAAUGACAUGGAGAACUACAGACUACAGAGCGCCUAUGAGAAUAAUCUCAUCAUCAAGAUGGUCUUUUUUGAAUUCAUCAAUUCCUAUCUCAGCCUUUUCUACAUCGGAUUCUACCUCAAAGACAUGGAGCGACUUAAGGAGAUGCUUGCCACUCUACUGAUCUUCCGCCAGUUCCUACAGAAUAUCAAAGAGGUCCUCCAGCCUUAUCUCUACGAGCAAAACAAGCUGGGCGUUUUCACCCCCAAGGUGUUGUGGGAGCUCCUUCAAACCAUCGUACUGAAGUACGGCCGCCUGGCUCUGGGAAAGGUCCAGGCCUCGAUGACAGCCUAUUCCUUCCUGGGCUCGAGUGGGAUCCCUGUCAGUCACACGGCCAACGGAAACCCAGAGCAAAAGAGAAGAGGGGAUCUGAAAGCCGGAUUCAGGCUGUCAGAAGAAGAGUGGGACAUGAAUGACGGCAAUCUGAAGAAUCGUAAAGUCAGCUUCACUGAGAAGGUCGACUACCAGGACGUCACGACAGAAGCGCUGCCAGUGGAUCGCAGCUUCCUGGAGGACAGUCCCACAAUGGUGGAGGAAGGGAUGGAUCCGCCCAGUAUGUUUGACAGCUGUGAUGAGGACAGCGAUUGGGAAUCGCCGGCACAGGAAUUGCAGUCUUUCUGUCAGAGAAGAAAGAACGUGAGUGAGGCGAAAGAGAAUAAGAAGUCAUGGAUCGAUCCACCAGAGGAACCCAAAACGGUCACUCUCACUCAAGCUGAGAUUGAGAGCUGUAUGCAGACAUAUGAGGACACGCUUCUGGACUACCAAGAAAUGUUCAUCCAGUUUGGCUACGUGGUGCUCUUCUCCUCUGCGUUUCCACUGGCGGCCAUGUGUGCUCUUAUCAACAACAUCAUCGAGAUCCGCAGCGACGCCCUGAAGCUCUGCACCGGCCUGCAGAGGCCCUUUGGACAGCGGGUGGAGAACAUCGGACAGUGGCAGACUGCAAUGGAGGCCAUGGGCUUGAUAGCUAUUAUAGUGAACUGUUACCUGAUUGGUCAGUGUGGACAGCUGCAGCGUCUGUUCCCCUGGUUGAGUCCUGAGAUGACCAUCAUCUCUAUCGUAUUACUGGAGCACUUUGCAAUCCUCCUAAAGUACAUCAUCCAUGUUGCCAUCCCUGAUAUCCCUGGCUGGGUAGCAGAAGAGAUGGCCAAGCUAGAGUACCGACGAAGGGAAGCUUUCAAGAAGCAUGAACAGCAGGCCCAGCAGCACUUCCAACAUCAGCUGAGACGCCGGCGAGAGGAGGAGCUCCAGCGCCAAGCGGAGCAGCAGGCGGAGGCCCGGCAGGAGAGCGAGCACAGGGCCGACGCCCAGCACCAGCACCACCAUGACAAGGCAUCGGGGGGCAAGGCAGGGGACAAACCCAAGAGACCCAGCUCUCUCCUGGGGAACAACAACGUGAUGAAGCUGAAGCAGAUCAUCCCUCUCCAGGGGAAGUUCUCCUCCGGUACCUCACGCUCCCCAGCCCAGUCCCCAACGGGAGGAGAGGCCAAGCUCCCAGGGUUUCUGAAGUUCUUGAAGUCGCCCGAGGUGAAAAAAGAGCCUGCAGUGGCCACCGGGGCGCAGGGCUCCACGGGGACCUCGGCCUCGCCCUCCACUGGCCCCGAGAGGUCACAGUCCCCCAAUAGGACAUUCAGUCCUGGGAAGCUGUUCAGUUUCAGCAAAUCAGAGGGGACUGUGGUGUGUGUGAACGGGACACAAGCACCGCCCCAACCUGCUAACGCUCAGCCCAGCAGGGGCGACUUAAACUCAAGCCUGGAGGAACUCCCCUCCAAUGAGUCCGAUAAAGGAGACUCAAGACAAUUGACUGAUUCAGAUAAUUCAAAGAGCUAAUAGAUGUUCACUGUACCAGUGUAAUGUUAUGAAAGGAGAGCAGUGGACAAAUGCAACAUUCAAGGACACACCUGUACCGUAGGAGAACACAUUACUCAAAAGGACCACAUGUAAGGUCAGCCAACUUCACUCUUGAUGCAACUUACUUUGCACAAAGUAUUAUACUGUAUUUAUUACCACUUUAUUAACUAGCUUCCAUGUAAGAUAUGUACAGUAAGUGUAACCCUCUGAACAGAGAUGUAGAGACCUUAACUGAAAGGUAAAAUAAUGCAUGACUGCCUGGUUUUCAACAGCACCAGAACCGAUAAUGUUAAUGUAAAUGAUCUUUUUUAUGAAUCAGGACCUGAUCAUGAAUGAGCCAUUUGUCAAAGGACAAUAACAGCAGCUUCCCAUCCCAGGUGUGUUCCUCAUCCUGAUGCCAGUACUGAAUGCAUGUUCUGCAUGCGUUACACCUCCAUCAUAUCUUUUCAGUUGUGAAGCACUUUCCAAGCCAUCAGAUUCUUCCGCAAUAGGUCAGAUUAUAUUCACUGUGACCAUGAAAAAUAUAUUCUAUUUUUCUUAACUUUGAUUUUCUAUGAAUUAUUUUACUACAUGAAUUAGCGAAUGUACUUAUUUGAUGCAAAUAAAUGUCACUUUAAUAAACAUCCAUCAAGAGAUAUAGCAUUGGCUGAUUUUGUUAACAUUGAAAUAUAAUCACUGGGUGGUAGGUAUUUCCUGGAGGGACAUUUAUGUAAACUAAAUUGUUGGGGAAAAUGAUAAAACUGAAAUCAGAAUAUACACACUCUUAUAUCGACACACACUUAAGAAGGAUAUAUUUUCCAGGGAUUUCAAUGGAAUUGAAAACUACAGUUUUUCCACCUACAAAUAAGUGCUGAAAGGUGAUUUUCCUCUGUUACACCGAAAAAACAAAAAGUUGCUGUUUACUAAGAGCUUAAGGACUGUAUGUCAUACUGUGAUCUUUUAAAAAAUGAAACCUGAGAUAGACAGCAAUACAUUUAUACAGUUAACUCAAAGCAAACCAUUUAACAUUAAACACAUUCCGAACUUAAUCAGGCGAUGGAAAACAAACCGUUUCACAAAAGUAGAAUUAGCACACUCUCCUAAGAAGAGCCAGGACAAUAAAACUGUCUCCUGUUUGAAGCCAUAGCAGUGUGUAUUCUACUAUAUAAGCAGCCAGAACGCACAUAUAUACCGGUACUGUGAUGUUUGAACAGCAAAAUGUAAACAGAGAAAACAUUUACAUUUAUGGACUAAACUGUAAGUUGUUCCAAACGCUAUAUCGUACAUGUCAAACAAUUUUCAGCAGUGAUAUUAAUAGCGAGCUCUUUAAUAGUGCAAAUCAAAUUUAGCAAAAUGCUUUUGUUUGUUUGCUUGUAUUCCUCCAAUGUACAAGAACAAAUUAGCUAGAUAUAAUGAAAUAACAGUAUGGCUAACCUGGGGAAGACUAAAUCAGAAUGAGUCGUCUUGUUACCUGAUAAAAGGGUUGAAGGGUCACAAUAUACUGUAUAUAUAUACACGACGAAUACAAUGUUUACCAAAGACCGAUUAUGAUGAGCUUCACUUGAUUCAUGGACAGCAAACAAAACGCUGAUUAUUUAGCCCUGCGGUCAAAAUCUUUAAGAUCCAACACACUUUUCCUUGAUAUCACUCAAACCUACUUAGCAA